GUACGGACUCGGCUCAUUGGAACAUCACCUCGGGGCUUUUGCCGGCUCGUCAUAAACCCGGCUUGUCAGGAAGGAGGAGGUGGACUUUUCUUCUUUUGUUCAUUUUUGGUCUCUUCGUCUCGUGUUCUCUCGAUUGUCUUCUCCUUGUUCUCGUUCUUGCUCUUUCCCUUCGUCCUCUUGAUGCGACCCAUCGUCACGAUCCAUUGCCUCGUGCGUUAUCGACCGUUCGCAUCGGUAUCAUCAAAUUGGACAUGCUCGAAACCCAUCGGAUGAUAUGACACCAUGUAACCUCACCUCUCUCGGCCAGCUUGACGUGUACAGUUCCACUUCAUCCGGAUAACAAAGAGGCACGGCACGGACCAGAGCGCCUCUCUGGAUUUGAUUCUUUCCACCAUUUCCGUCCACGCAUUGUUAUAUAUACCAGCGCCGAAAUAUAUCGCCAUAUCUCUCUUCUUCUCUUUCUUCUACUACUGUCGUAUAUUUUCUCAUCAUGAUAGACCAUGUACUUGGGCGGCCGUCCACCAAAUCCCGGAGGCUACAGGUGUUGGCUGUGCUGGCCUUUUGGUCCGCAUAUCUGCUCAAAGGACACAAACAUGGGCCUCCUCUCGCGCGCUUCUUUUCCAAGAUGGCCUUCACAAGAAUGACUCCGUGGCAGACUGUCGUCAUGACCAUGACUCUCCUCUAUGCCACACGAAACUUUAGCACUCUAGUCGGUCUGGCCAGUCCCGAACCUCUCUCGAACAUGUACAGCGCCACGUACUUCCGGGCGACAUGGGUCCUGACAGCACUCGAUGCCGGUUUCUGGACCGCCAUGAAGAUCCGGCAGAAGUGGCUGAGGGACAUAGCAAGUCUUGUCUUCUCCGUCUUCUACCUCUUUGCAGCGGAGAAGGCGGACGAGAAGGUGCGCAAGGUACGAGGCAAUCUGACGGUUGAACAUCUAAGAGUGAGCUGGAACAAGGGGACCACGCCAUACCUCAGUUUCUGCCAAAAGCUCAUGCGGCCACGAUACUCCCGCUGGCCCCCAAGAGCCAUCCGCAUCCCGAGACCAUCGACCAGCGACUACAAAGACACUGUCUCCGCCUGGCUGUAUUUUGACGGCCCGCUGGCAGAGCUGGAGCAUCACAACAAGGUCGUGUUGGACUUGCCCGGGGGCGGGUUCGUGGCUAUGGACCCUCGCUGCAACGACGACAAACUGCUGUCUUGGGCCUCCAAGACGGGGCUCCCUAUUCUAAGCCUGGAUUACAAGAAGGCCCCUGAGUACCCGUACCCAUACGCCCUGAACGAGUGCUAUGAUGUCUACGCCACCUUGAUCAAGAGCCGAGGGCGCUGCAUUGGCAUGUCGGGCAAGGAAACCCCUCGAAUUGUCGUCACUGGUGACAGCGCCGGAGGGAAUCUAGCCACCUCGAUGACGCUGAUGAUCGUCGAGGGUGCUCUGUUCCCAUCGAAGCACUUCCAGGGCCAAGGUGGCCUGCCAACUCCAGAGGCGGUGAUUCUGUUCUAUCCGGGCCUCGACAUGAACAUCGGCAACUGGAUGUCCGAUGAGCAGAUGGCUUUGAUCAAGGACAGGCGAAUGCGAGCGACCAACAAGGCCAUAGUCCGUCGAAAGAGCAUGCAGUACAACACCCUUGUCGGCACACCUCAUCGCUCAGACGAUGAAGACGAGCCGCCAAAGCUGCACGUCAACUUACCAAAGAAAAACAAGAAUGAAAACAGCUCGGCAUUCACCGCGAGUCCCGAGGGAGCAAUUACGCCUCAGCCUGAGUAUGCCCACGCAUUAUCGACAGAUUGGAACAAGACUCAUGCCGCCGCCGCCGCCGCCGCCGCCGCCGGCUCCUCCUCUUCUUCCAAGCCCACCUCGUCCGCUGUCGUCAGCAAGCAGCAGCAAACCUCGGGCCGCACGUCGUACCACUCGGAGCCAAUGCGUACACGCCUGGCCAUGUCUUCCAUGAUUUCCUACUUCAAUGACCGCGUGCUUAAUCCAGAGAUGAUGCGAGCCAUGAUUAUCCUAUACAUUGGCCCGCACAACCGUCCCGACUUCAGCCAGGACUACCUUCUCUCGCCUAUACUGGCGCCCGAUAUGCUUCUAGCCCGCUUCCCAAAGACAUACUUCCUGACGGGGGAGCGCGACCCGCUCGUGGACGACACGGUCGUCUUUGCAGGUCGCCUGCGCCGCGUGAAGGCGGCCAUGUAUGCUUCUGGAGGCCAGCGGACAGAUUACCGCGAGUCAGAUGCCCUCGCGGACGGCUUUGACGACAAGGCCAUCGCCGAGGUUGUGUUGCUGCCCGGGACGUCUCAUGGCUUCUUGCAGUUCCCAACAAUCUAUCCUCCGGCGUGGAAGCUGAUCGACCGCUCGGCACGAUGGAUCGAGGAGUCUUUUGCCACGAGCGAGAGGGCGGAGAGGGAUCGAAAACAGCGCUUGAUGAAGCGGGCAGCCGAGAGGCCCGAACGCCACCACGUGCGUACAGACUCGAGCGGGGACGAGGGCUUGCUCGAGAUUGGCAUGGGCAUGACCAAGGCCAAGGACAAGGCCGCCGCGGAUGGUGUGGCGAAGCAAGGCAAGCCCGAGGAGGCAGGAAGUGCACAGGAUGUGAACGGUGACGAGGCGGAUGUCGAGGAUCAAGAGCUAGACAGGAAAGGCAAGAGGAGGGCAAACGGGCGCCCCAAGAUGAAGACCAAGGAGUCGUUCGACAAGUCCUUGGCAAGACUGGCCAGCUCAGAUGAUCUCCUCGGACGGAGGAUGCAAGGCCUCGCCGGGGGACUGACGGGCCUGGCGGAGGAGGACUGAUGGGCUUCGCAAGGAGCAUCAUCAUCCCGUACCGGGAUCACGAGAGAAAAUUCACCAUGGUCCCCUCUCCUCUUCAAGCCGAGGUUUGACCCUGUGCGCUGUUCUGGAUAGGAAUUCUACUUUAACUACCCCAACGGCAUGCGGACCGAGGCCUAAGGUUCUGCUCUUGCCUCAUGUGGUCCUACGUUGCAUGCCGAUAAACUAAACAAGGCAAUAUAUAUACACACCAUCUAAACACC